AUCGCUCCGAAAAUGUCAGUUUACACUCUACUGUUGUGGUUAGUGAUAUGAAUUGUGAUAGGCCGAAACCUGCAGUUUGCGAUGGCAAAAAUAUAUUAUUGAAGUUGAAUUCAUUGCACCUAAGAUACCUGUAACGGUACCAGAUGAAGUACAGAUUAAUUUUUACAGUAAAAACCUUUGUAAACUGUAUGAAGCCAGUGUUCUGUAGUGCUAUUUUUUAGAAGAAUUUUUAAAGUUUCAUUUCAAGUCUGAAUCUCUGUGUUUACUUAUAAAGUUAGUGUGUGUUUAGGUUAGUGGCUAGUCGUAUGAGAAGGCCGGAAUAGUAUUUAUUUUUUUAUAUUAUUAGACGAUUGUCGAAUUGGUGUAUUUGAAAAUAUGCCAGCAAUCGUUGCAGGCUCGCCACAGCCCGAGGAGCCGAUAUGGAAGUCUUUAAAGAGACACAUAAUGAGGGAAAGGCAGCAGAAAAAGCAAGAAAAAGAACAAGAUGAAGAAGAAGAAAGGCAAAGAAAAGAAAGAGAAACACAACAGAAAAAUACUGUUAUGACUAUUGAAGAAACAAAAGAACAGAUAGCAACAUUAGAAAGCGAAUUGACCAAUUUAAAACACGAAAAGCAUGAGUUAUUUGUACAAUUGAAAAAAGUUCUCCAUGAGGAUGAUAGUCGAAGGAGGCUAAUAAAAGAAACUAGUGUGAUGCAAGAGCCUCAUCAACAAGUCACUUAUUUAGAUCAUAAUACAAUUGUAAAUCCACAUCUGUAUCUUCCUCUGCCAAGAGGAGCUCCUCUUUAUCAAGUCAAGCAAACUACGCCAUCACAUCAAAUGAUAAGUAAUGGAAAUUUGAAAAGGACGCAUAGCCCGUCUCCCCCGCCACAACCUACUGUCUCUUCUUAUCACCCAGGUUACGGUUAUAAACCACCUCCAAUACCUUAUUCAAUCCCAGGACCUCCUAAAGCUGAAGAUGCCAGACGAAGCGGCGAUUCUCGCGUCGUUUUGUGGAAUAAAACGCCCAACCAGUUUCCUGGUUCAAGUUAUUAUUCAGCAACACCUCAGUAUGACUUUGGUCCACCCCCAACAUCCCAAACAUUGACCCGUGUUGCAGAGCCUGGAAAAUCAGUAUACUUGACAGCAGCAAGACCUCCAAUGCCUACAUUAACAUCAUCUCCUUAUCCAGAGGAACCAAAAUUUUAUCCUCGAGCAAGUGGACCUGUACCAGUUCAUGGCAACAGUAUGCCUAUGCCUCAUGCGCCUCAGGGGCAGAAGGGAUCUAUAACGAGUGGUUAUCCCGUAAGAACACCACAGCCACCUCAAAGCCCUUAUCCGCCUCCACCCGGUGCUUAUGUCAGUGUGACAGGUGCACCUAAUGUACCGGGAAGAUUACUUUAUACCCAACCUAGUCAGCGAUAUCUUCAGCGCGACUAAAGUAAGAAGGUAUAUUUAGAUAAUUGUAAGAUAUCAUUUUAAUCGUUCAAGACUGUCGCUGUUUUAGAUGUUUAAAUAAACUUAACAUGUAAUUCUAAUAUUAAAAUCGAAAUCUUGUUAAUAGUAUAUUUUUUUCUGGG